AUGUCUCCUUUGGAAGAUUUAGUUUUCUUCCUCUUCUCCAGUCCUACCACUCUGUUGGGGGCUGUUGCUGUCCUGCUCAUCCUCCGUCUUGUCUCCAGUAGUUUCACCUCCCAGGAAAUAGGGAAAGAGCCUCCAGGACCGAGGCCUCUGCCCCUGCUUGGCAACCUGUUGCAGCUUGAUCUCAAGAGACCCUACAAAACCCUGUGUGAGCUUUCAAAACAAUAUGGAUCUGUAUUUACGGUUUACUUUGGAACCAAGAAAGUGGUGGUGUUGGCUGGAUACAAGACAGUCAAACAGGCUCUGGUCAGCUAUGCAGAAGAGUUUGGAGACCGAGACAUUUCCCCCAUUUUUUAUGACACCAGUGGAGGUCAUGGAAUUCUGUUUGCAAAUGGAGAAUCCUGGAAAGAGAUGAGACGUUUUGCUCUCUCCACCCUGAGAGACUUUGGGAUGGGCAAAAGAGUUGCUGAGGAUAAAAUCUUAGAGGAAUGCUGCCAUCUGAUUCAAUUGUUUGACGAGUAUAAAGGGAAACCAUUUGAUACAACAUGUCCAGUGAAUUAUGCAACAUCCAAUAUUAUCUCCUCUAUCGUGUAUGGAAGCAGAUUUGAAUACAGUGACCCUCGAUUCAAAAACUUGGUGAGACGAGCCAACGAGAACAUACGCAUUACUGGUUCUGCACCAAUCCAGCUUUACAACAUGUUUCCCCGACUGGUCAGUUGGAUAAAAAACCGGCAACUGAUAUUAAAAAAUGUUGAGAUGACUCUCAGAGAUGUUAAAGAUUUAAUCAAGCAUCUGAAAGAGACACUGAACCCUCACAUAUGCAGGGGACUGGUUGACUGUUUUCUGAUUCGAAAGCAGAAAGAGGAGGACUCACACAUUAUAGACACUCACUACCAUGAGAAGAACUUGAUAUUUACAGUGACAAACCUGUUUGCUGCUGGUACUGACACCACAGCAACUACACUGAGAUGGGGUUUGCUGCUUAUGGCCAAAUAUCCGCAAAUACAAGACCAGGUCCAGGACGAGUUGAGCAGGGUGGUUGGAAGCCGCCAGAUCCGAGUAGAUGACCGAAAAAACCUGCCGUACACUGACGCCGUCAUUCAUGAGACACAGAGACUCGCCAGCAUUGUCCCCAUGUCAAUUCCUCACAAAACCAGCCGAGACGUCACUUUCCAGGGUUACUUCAUCAAAGAGGGGACUAUUGUGUUUCCGCUGCUUACUUCUGUCCUGUAUGAUGAGAGUGAAUGGGAGAGCCCACACACUUUCAACCCUUCCCACUUCCUGGAUAAGGAGGGUAAAUUUAUCAGGAGAGAUGCCUUCAUGGCCUUUUCUGCAGGUCGCAGAAUUUGUCUUGGAGAGAGUCUGGCCAAGAUGGAGCUCUUCCUCUUCUUCACCACCCUCCUCCAGCGCUUUCGUUUCAGUCCUCCACCUGCAGUGACAGAGGAUGACCUGGAUCUGACUCCUGCUGUGGGCUUCGUCCUCAGUCCUUCACCUCAUGAGCUGUGUGCCGUGAGUCGACAAUGA